GGAAAUCCAGAAAAUAAAUAAUUUACUUUAAAUACUUCUUAAUUUUUUUUCAAUAAAACAAUUGUAUGCUAGUUUAUCAUUUUACUGUGUAGUUGCAGAUUAAAGGGCUAGUGCACCCCAACGUGUUUUUUGAACUGUGAACAAAUCAAUAUUUUAGAAAUAAUAAAUGACAAGGAUCAUUUUAUUAGAUAAGUUUUGCUAUUUUUAACAAACUUUUUAUGUUUAAUGAAUUAUAAAAAAUGUCGCUUUAACGUAAAGACAAACAUUGAUGAAACAGUUAUUUUAGAUAUAAAAUGAGCUUUUUGUAAUCUUGCCACUUUUUUAUUUUAGGAAAUCCGUUUAUGUAAAAUAAACGCAGCCGUGUUCUGUUUGUCCCUCUGCUCCUGCCGUCCUAACUCAAGCGACAUCACUUCCGGUUAUUGACAGUUCAGAGUCCAAACAUCGAGCAACCUGGAGGUCUGAACUUCUGCGACAUGAACAGGCUGAAGAUCAUUUCUAGACACUUGUCCCCGCGCGGUUCCUCCGACACCACGCGGGACCUGCAGGUCGCGCGGUGCGGGUCCGCGGCGCGAGACGGCGGAGCUUCCGGGGACGACGUGGUGGUGGUCCAUGGAAGGAGGACGGCGAUCGGAAAGGCCAAGAGGGGGGCGUUUAAGGACACCACACCUGACGAGCUGUUGAGCGCCGUGAUGACAGCUGUGCUGACAGAUGUGGGGCUGUCACCUGACCAGCUGGGGGACGUCUGCGUGGGUAACGUCCUGCAGCCUGGAGCUGGAGCUCUGAUGGCCCGAGUGGCUCACUUCCUCAGUGGUUUUCCAGAGUCGGUUCCCGUCUACACGGUUAACAGACAGUGUUCCUCUGGCCUGCAGGCGCUCCUGAACAUCGCAGGAUCCAUCAGGAGCAGAUCCAUCGACCUCGGACUCGCCUGCGGGGUGGAGAGCAUGUCGCUGCGAUCCGUUGGUAACCCUGGAGAUCUGAGCUCCAGGCUCAUGGACAACGACAAGGCCAGAGACUGCAUCAUUCCUAUGGGCAUCACCUCGGAGAACGUUGCCGAGCGGUUUGGCGUCUCCAGAGAAAAGCAGGACGCCUUCGCUCUCAGCUCUCAGCAGAAAGCGGCCCGGGCUCAGGGUUCGGGUCGCUUUGACCAGGAGAUCGUACCCGUCGCCGUGACGAUGGUGGACAGUGACGGUCGCGAGCGGCAGGUGAUGGUGAGUAAAGACGACGGAGUCAGAGCCGGGACGACGAUGGAGGGCCUCUCCAAACUGAGGCCAGCCUUUAAACCCGACGGCAGCACCACAGCAGGUAACUCCAGCCAGGUGAGUGACGGGGCAGCGGCUGUCCUGAUUGGCCGAAGGUCUGCGGUGGAGGCUCUGGGUCUGCCGGUUCUGGGGGUUCUGAGGGCCAGCGCGGUGGUCGGGGUCCCUCCUGACGUCAUGGGGAUCGGACCGGCUGUGGCCAUCCCUGCAGCACUGCAGCAGGCCGGUCUCACUGUGGACGACGUUGACGUGUUUGAGAUCAACGAGGCCUUCGCCAGUCAGGCUGUGUACUGUGUGGAGAAACUGGGCAUCCCGAUGGAGAAGGUGAAUCCAAACGGCGGCGCCAUAGCUCUGGGUCAUCCUCUGGGCUGCACCGGCGCCCGACAGGUGAUGACGUUGCUAAACGAGCUCCAACGCAGAGGCAGGAGGGCGUUCGGAGUCGUCUCCAUGUGCAUCGGGACCGGGAUGGGAGCUGCUGCUGUGUUCGAAUACCCCGGACCAUAGCAGACAAAUCAAGACCCAUUCAACGUGAUUUAACUCCUGCUGAUUUUAACUGAAAAAUUAAAUCAAUAAUCAAUACCUAGUAAUUUGGCGAGGAACGUCUUGGAUCAGAACCAAUCAAAGUGCCUUUUGUUAGAAAUACAGUUCAAAGGAUGAACUUCAGGUGAUGUCGUCACUUUACAUCAGCUGUUGAUUCAUGAUGGAGAGAAAACUGGAUGGUUUGGUCCUCGGAGACGGGUCACGGUCCUCGGAGACGGGUCAGCUGGGACAACAGCUGAUGCCGAACUCUGACGGCUGGUAGAAUCCAGACAAAAAGAAUCACUGACGACUGAAUCGUCCCGUUUACUUCCUGCGUGAUGAACCCGCCAGCAGCUGAAUGUUGCUUCCCUCAUCCAGUCUAACGGUGUAAAUGUUCUAACAUCAGAAUUUAUCCCUCAUUAAACCUGACCAGAUCACAUCUGAUAACGUAUGUGAAGAACUUGGUAAAAAAAACUUUAUUUCACCUCAUGUUUUCAACGACUUCACUGAAAAAGAGUUUAAA